UCCCAAUGGCUCACACAAAUUGCCCCCAGAUUAACUACGAAAAUGCCACUGAAAGCCACCAACAAGACUUGCUAGUUCCCACAAACCUAAUUGUGGAAAACUUCGAAAAAAAGGGUCAUUCAUGGUUUGCCGUAUCUCAACUUCCAUCGGAUCUAUCGGUUAAAGUUGACGACAUCACAUUUUAUGUUCACCAGUUUCCGCUGCUUUCAAGAUGCGGUUAUUUGGGGCAGAUUGACCUCCGGACUUCAAUCACGAAAGAUGGUUACGAGCUAAAAUUGCAGAACUUCCCCGGAGGAGCCGAAACGUUUGAAACCGUGCUCAAAUUUUGCUAUGGUUUUCCGGUAUCGUUAACCACCAAAAACGCAGCUCCUUUACGAUGUGCAGCGGAGUUUCUAGACAUGACCGAAGAAGUAGAAGACGGGAACCUUAUAUCUAAAACCGAAUCUUUCCUCACUUUGGUUGUUUUUUCUUCAUGGAAGGACUCAAUUACGGUUCUGAAAUCCUGUGAAACUCUCUCCCCGUGGGCCGAAAACCUCCAGAUCGUAAGAAAAUGUUCUGAUUCCAUCGCUCGCGCUUCUGAAAUCGAACAAAACCGGUGGAAAUACGACGUUUCCACUCUCAGAAUCGAUCAUUUUAUGAGGAUUCUAGAAGCAAUGAUGCUGAAAGGAUUGGGAUCAGAUUUCUUGGGUUCUUGCAUCAUGAUAUAUGCAGAAAAAUGGUUGAUACAAACUGAUGGAGAGAUUGAAGGAUUGAAACGAUAUCAGAAUGGAAAAAAGGAGCAGAAAUGGCGUAUUCAGCAGGGUCGGAAGCAAGAAACAGGAUUUGAACCGUAUCACGAUCAACGAACGAUUAUAGAGAGGUUGGUGAGCAUAUUGCCUCAUGAGAAAGAAAGUAUUUCCUGCAAGUUUCUGUUGUGGAUGUUGAAGAUGGCAAUGGUGUAUGCAGUGUCACCGGCUUUAGUUUCCGAGCUCGAGAAAAGAGUCGGGAUGGUUAUGGAAGAUGCGAGUGUUUACGAUCUGCUGAUACCUAGUUAUACCGGCGGAGAGGAAGGAAACCAAAUCAAAUCGACCGGAGAGCAGACUUUAUUCAACGUGGAUGUCGUGCAAAGGAUUUUGGAAUAUUAUUUGAUGCAUGAACAACAACAACCAACACAAAAUCAUGGGAAAUCAAGCAUUAGUAAGCUUUUAGAUAAUUACCUUGCCGAAAUAGCUGGCGACCCCAACCUUUCAGUCACAAAGUUUCAAGUGAUCGCCGAGUCCUUACCAGAUAAUGCCCGGCCGUGUGAUGAUGGACUCUACCGAGCAAUCGAUAUAUAUCUGAAGGCACAUCCAGCGCUGUCGGAACAUGAGAGAAGAAGAUUAUGCAGAUCCAUGGAUUGUCAGAAGCUUUCAAUUGAUGCAUGCACACAUGCUGCUCAAAAUGAUCGCCUACCGCUAAGAACAGUCAUGCAGGUAUUGUUCGCAGAGCAAGUGAAACUAAGGGCAACAAUGCACAAAAACCAGCCAGCAACAAACAACGAUAAUCUAGAUCAAGAUGACAACAAUUGCUCAUUUCCUAAAGAGGAAAUCAAAAUGUUGAAAGUAGAAGUGGAGAGAAUAAUGGUUGUAAUUGAAGAUCUCCAAAGGGACUACACAAAUUUACACCAAAAUUGUGAAAAGAUGAUUAAAAAGCAGAAUGGUUGGAUUUUAGGAUGGAAUAAGUUUAAAAAAUCUACAUUAUUUCAAGGGAAGUUGGAUUCAAAUGAAAAUAGAGAAGGAAAAGAGAAAGAAAAAAAAAUUAACUCUAUUCUCAGACUUAAAAGACGACAAUCUAUCUCAUGA